CCGGGCUGAAUACUGAUAACUGCAGCCACUGUAAACCAUUGGAGACACACACCGGGGAGCUGUUCUAAUUGAAGGAGCUUUAUUUAGUUUGACUUUAUUUAUUAAUUUAUUAUUUGAGUUAUAUUUAUUUCUAUCCAAGAUGAACGGAGUGUCGAGAAGUAUGUGUACAUUUGAAGACAUCAGAAAUCAAGAGCAGGCGGAGGGGUGCAGGAGACUGCGACUCACACUGCACGACCAGAGGCAGGCAGCCCAGAGAACGGAGCAGUACAGGGACAAGCCAAUCGGACGAGCGUAUGCGCUGGUGCAGCCGGCCGCUGACAGGACAUCUCUGAACCCUGAACCGGUCAAAUGCAAAGAGGAGCAGGUGGAGGUUAUCAAGGUGUAUCUAGAAGCCCGCAAACAGGAGCAGCAGAAACACCAGCAGAGCCUCAAGAUGCUGUCGGAUGAAGUUUCACAGAUACAGGAGGUGAGGUAUUGCCUGAAGACGCUGAGGGAGCAGAUGGCAGCCAAAAACAAGCCGCUCACAAAUGGGUGGAAAGUUGGUCUUCCCUUCAGAAGGAGCGCCCCGUCUGCCCCUAAAGACGAGGCUAAAGCGGAGGCACAGGAAGCAGAUGAAGAAGCAGAGAGAGCCAAGCUGAGGGAGGUCAGUAAGCGCUUGUAUGCUCAGCUACAGGAAGCAGAAAAGAAACACCAAGAGGAUAAAGAGAGGCUGCAGGCUGAGAGUAGCAGGCUGAAGGAGCGUCUGAGCGAGGAAGAGGAGAAGCUGAAGACCACAGAAGAAGCCAGCGAGAGGAAAGACAUGCGCAUAGACGACCUGCAAAGGCUGCUGGGAGGGAUGGAGCAGGAGAGCGCCACCCUGAGGGAGGAGAUGAACAGCCGCGAGGUGGAACUCCAUGAGCUGCGCACAAUCAGAGAGGAGGGCCAGAAAGGGGGGCAGAGGACUGAGCAGCUGGAGAGGGAGUUGGCAAUUCUCAAAGAAAAGAUCCACCAUCUGGACGACAUGCUGAAGAGCCAGCAAAGGAAAGUCAGACACAUGAUUGAACAGCUCCAGAACUCUCGCAUGGUGAUCCAGGAGAGAGACCGCGUGAUCAAAGAGCUGGAAGAGAAAGUGGCUUUCUUGGAGGCUGAGAACCGAGAGAUGCAUGACCAGAUGGAUUACUUCAUGGGAGGACAAAGAUCCAACUCCCACCUUUCAUCCGAGCGCAAUCCCCAGAUCGUCUACAGUAAACCGAUCAAGCCUUCCAACUCCUCCAACAAACCUUUGCCUUUCAUCAAAGUCAUCGAGAUCAGGUCAUGAAGUAACCGCGCAGAAGAAAGACUCGGUAUUGGACCACAACACCGUUUCACUGCAGACUGAAAACAAGCACGACUCUACGAGCGCCCACAUCUGAUUUCGCUGAUAGUCGGGAUGUUGGAGUUGAGCUUCCCUGGACUGUAACUACAUCAAAACUUCCACCAAACCACAAACACUCCUUGAAGGAAUUGGCGACACACGCACCACAACUUGCUUUGUCUAUGCAUAAUGUGUGAAUUUGAGCUUGUUAUAGAUACUUUAAGCUGAUUCAGCUAAUGUGCAUUUGAAGUUUUACAUGUGAUACUGCGUACCUUGUGCAAGUGUUUCCGUGUGCUGCCCUGUUGUGAUCGCUUUAUUAACCUUUGAGAUAUGACAAUCUCGUGUUGUUGUAUUAAACAGAACUGUGCGGGUUGGCAGACCUUUUGCCAAAGUGCGUUAUGAUAUUAUGAAAUUCACAUAUAGUGAUGUAGCAACAUAGCUAACUAAGCUAAAUGUUUUCUGUAGCAAUCAUUAACCCGAGGAUCUACAUCCAGUGUUUUACUGAAUGGUCACUCAUCCUCCAUGACUCCAUUCACUUCACUGAGUGAAUGGUAUAAUGCUCUAAACGUGUAAAUACCGUUUAUAAUUUAUAUAAGGUCAACACCCUCUGAUGUUUUUAAACAAUAUAAGUGUUUUUAAGUCUUUAACAACUAUUUAGCACUUCCUGAAGCUGUGAGGAAGCAGAAGGAUGGCGUGUCAGUGGUGAUGAAGAUAUGUAACUUUACUGCUUCAUUGAAGUGUCGUUCUACAUAUUUCUUGUAAAGCAUGUCAGCUCCUUAUCAUUUUGUAAACUGUCACCUUGUUUGUACAUAUUAAUAAUAAUGAAUGUGAUUUGAUAUUUUAACUUCCUAACAGCUUUCUCCUUUGUAUUUAUUUAUAUAAAACCUCAAGACAGAUUGUGUUAUAGGAGGGUUUUCUAUGAAGUAAAUUCCAAUCUAUUAUCUGUGUUUGUGGCUUUCAGAAUAAAUUACUGAAAAUAA